CAAUCAGCGUAAACUUGGACAAAUUUUAAAAACUCACCCGCCAUGAUUGUUAUGUUUCUGCACUGAGUGUGUACGUUGCGCUGUCAGGUUUUAGUAAGUAGACAAAAAAGAAAAGAAAAAUAUUGUACCUCUUUGGAAAAAGAAAAAAGAUACCUGAUUAUGGAGUCACGAUUUGCUCACCUGCGGCAGCGGGACACCAGUGUGUCGAUGCUUAGGGUAAAAAUGUCUCGGAGAAGGUCGCAUUCCCAGAAGGAGAAUCGAGAACGUACUGUGAACACCCGGAGGCAGCUGGAUAAACUCUCAGAGCUGGAAAUGUCCUCCCUGAAUGCCUCUAUUGCAGUGGCCAAUAUGUCAACCAUACAAGAGAAGAUGAAAAACAAUGAAAAACCUGCUAAAGCAAAAGCAGUGGAAGAUAGGCUGAAACAGCUCGAGCGCUGGAAGGAGCGGAAGGCUCUUGAGAAGGAGAAAGAGAAGAGGGAAAGGGAACGUAAAGGGGUGUUUAAGAUUGGUCUGUAUCAUCCAACGGGAACCAUUACCUCACUACCUGCUGUCCCAGAUGCCUCAGCAAAAAUCCAAGAGAAAAAGGCGAACACGGCUCCAUCCCAAAGUAUUAGAGUCACUCGUUCAAUGAAACAGCAGCAGCAAAUGGAGAAGCCUCUGAAGAUACAAGAUCCAAAUACUGGAGUGAAGAAGGGACAACCUGCUGUGGAAAGAUCAACAAGGACCCGGCUAGCUUCUGCCAAGCCUGCAUCAACUACGACCAAGACCAAAGAAGCACCUGCCGUACGAGCUUUGUCAACCAGAUCUGCCAACAGACCUCCAGUUCCUGUGGUAAAAGGCAAACCUAAGGACAAGACUGCAGUGUCCGAUGCAAGAACCACAAGGAGCCGAGCAAAUCUUAAUCCUGUGGCUCCCCUGUCUGGUGCACAAAGGAACUGUAAAGAAGCAGUCAAUGACACUAUCCAUCAUGCUGUCUCAGAGGAACCUGAGCUGACAGAGCCUGAGAUGCAGGACAUUGAGAAAAGACCUAGUCCUCCCAGCCCGACACCAUGUGCUGAGGAAGAAGACAUGGUGGUGGAUCAAUCUCCAGCCAAGCCUGUUUCUGCUGAUCUCGUCCCAUCGACAUCCUCAUUUGCUCCAGAAGGUUUUCUCUUCCAGGCUCCGACUGGCUUGUCAUCCUUCAAGUUUGAGCCUCUCACACCUCGUUCAGCAGACUCCUUCCUUACACCAAGCUCCAGCUUCAACCUUCCACCAGCCCCCGUAUUCAGUGAUGAACGGAGCGAAUCGUGUCCACCUAAAUCUCCUCUGCGCUCUCCUCUUCAUACCUCUCCCACAGUUGCCCCUCCAAGUCCAGGUGGAUCAGUGGAAACCAAGCACGACGUACCAUAUUUCAGAUCAGAAAUGGCCAAUGAGACAGAGAGACUGAUGAGCUUGUCUCUCCACUGGGAGUCUAAAGUGGAGGAUGAGUCCAUCCCAGAAGAAAUGAGAGAUCGCAUGCGCACAGCUGUUGGCCAAGCACGGCUGUUGAUGAAAGAACGCUUCAACCAAUUCAGCGGUCUGGUGGACGACUGUGAGCUAGGCCGAGGGGAGAAGAUCACCACCUGCACUGACCUGCAGGGGUUCUGGGACAUGGUUUAUUACCAGGUCGAGGAUGUCAACAAGAAGUUUGACGCUCUGAAAGAAGCGGAGGAGCGAGGCUGGGUGGAGGAGCACAAGCCUCCACCACGACAGAAGAAAGUAGUUAAGAAACAGCUAGCAGCAUCUGCCAAGCCUGCAGGAACUAAUGCAGCAGCUAAGGCUCGUCUGGCUGCCGCAAAAGCAGCCAUGAAAGCCAAAAAGCAGGCAGCUGAGGCAGAGAAGGCAGCCGGUGCUGCUAACACUGAAGACUGUCUCGUCUUGAGCUCUCAGAAUCCACACCCACAAGCAGGGGCUCAAAGGCAGGACACAGUGGUCUUUGAUGGAGGCUUCUUCCAGGUGGAGAGCCCAGCUAAACAAUCAGUUAGGAGAUCCAGCCAUUUAAAUGCUGCUGUGCUGCCUGGGGUCUCUCCAUGCUCCACAUAUCUCUCACCUAGAAGGGUCACCCGGCGCUCCCUUGCGUUGGCUCAGACACCUGUUCAACAUGUUCACGCACCCGCACACCUCCGCCUCACUCUCAGACAAACCCCAGAACCAAAGUCUCAGUGCGGCACUCCUCAGGCGACCCAGAGCAGAAGGGACAUCGUGAACAUCUCUAUGGAUUUCUCACCUGUCAAGGAAGUGAUUUCAGAUGACACCCAACCUGACGGAUGCCCUGCACAAGUGUCAGAAAAAGUCUUCACAGACAUUCCCUCUGUUCCACAAGUCCUUCCAGCAAUCCUCGAGCCAGCCGAGGAUGUAACUGUUGAUAACCCUGUCAGUCCAGCAGUUCCAGGCUCUCCGUGCAAACAACCUGCCGUGCCCCCAGCUCCUGAGCCCUCAUCAGCCCCAAGCUUUACACUGUCGCCCUGUGGAACUCCUAGCCAACCUUCCGUCUCUUCAUCUGCUGUGCAGGGCCUAGUGGAGACUCUGUGUCACACACCAGACAGCACAGUCGUCGAGGAAAUUUCUGGACUGGAUUUUGAGAGAUACCUCCAGCCCUCAGACAGAUGCAGCCUGUCACCAAGGGACACAGUUGCAACAGAGACACUGUCACCCAUGGCAGUGGAUGUAGCGAUGGAGAGUCCUAGAAGACAAGCUACGAACUUUCUUACUGAGAAAGAGUCUGCACUGCCAGCGGUGUCUUCGGUGUUAACUCCUCACUCACGACAGGUACAGACAGCAGAGUCUGCCUUGCUUCUCUUCACCCCAGACCUGAAGGACAAGAUACGCCAGUCAGUCUGUCCGAGUGACCUCAUGGUCUUCACCCCUCCUAAUAUUUAGUAAAGAGACUGAAGAAAGUAAAAAA